AUGCCCUCAGCUGCCAGUAACCCAUCCACAGAGGAGAAAACUGUCUCCUUCAAAAUAUUCCGCGAUAAUGUGCCAAGAUUCUCGAUCACCUACAACGAUAAAAAGGAUCUGUACGAAUCAUUCCAGAAAAAGAUCUCUGAACUCGAUUUUGACGUCGGAAGUGUUUACUGGGUCGAUUUCGACGGUGAUCAGGGUGUGAUCGAAAAUGCUGAUGAUCUAUUCACAGCUAGCAAAGACAAUCCAACUGUGAAACUAUUUGCACGUUCUGAUAAUGACGUGAUUUCGUGCUCUGACAGUGAUGACGAGCCGGCACGGCACCAUCGUCGUCCACGUGGACGUCAUCACAGGCGAGCCACGAUGAGAGGACGACCAAAAAAUCGUGACAGGACCCGUUCUCAUUCGCGCAAUCGUACGCGCUCAAUUAGCCGUGGCCGGGAUCGCUCACACUCCCGUAGCAGCUCCAGAUCUCGCUCCAGAAGUCGUGAACGUCAUAACAAAGGUCCGCAGGGCGAUCUACGUUAUUUUGGCCCAUUCGCACGAAUGCGAGCAUUUGAGGACCGUCCACCUUUCUUUGGACCUUGGCUCUUCCCACCAGGACCACCGUCGCCGCGUGGUCAUGGUCAUCGUAGCCACUAUCGUCGUGGACACUUUCCUUGCGCUUACUGGGGAUUUCCUCAAUUCUAG